AGUUCACUCUGCAGGGGACUGUGGAGCAGAGAGCAGCUUCUCUGCCAUGGAUUUUCCUCUGAACUCGUCUGAGCUGAGCUUUUAGCUUUCAGCUGGACUGAAGCUGGAAACGUUGUCGUCUGUUUGGUUGCGUCCUGGAAACGGUUGUGAUGACGGAGCGAUGCAGCCUGAAGGCUCUGACAGCGGCUCUGUGUUGCUUCUACCACAGGAACUCGGUCAUCACCGGGAAGUUCUCCAGGGACCAGUUCAUCCUGGACUGUUCGUUGGAGAAGCUGCGCAGGGAGCUGGAGGAGGAGCUGAAGAUGAGCAGCGAGGAGCCCAGGAGUCACGCCUGGUACCACGGCGCCAUUCCCAGACAGGUCGCAGAGAGCCUGGUGCAGCGUGACGGAGACUUCCUGCUGCGGGAUUCGCUCUCCAGCCCAGGGAGUUUCGUUCUGACCUGCCAGUGGAGAAACGCGGCGCAGCACUUCAAGAUCAGCAAGAAGGUGGUGAUCCUGAAUGACGCGUACUCCAGAGUGGAGUACCUGUUGGAUAAGGAAGGGUUCGACAGCGUUCCUGCGCUCAUCAGAUUCUACGUUGGCAACAGAAAACCCGUCUCGCAGGUUGUUGGUGCCAUCAUCUUCCAGCCGAUCAACAGAGCGUUCCCGCUGCGCUACUUGGAGGAAAAGUACGGACUGUCGAGCAACCACAAAGAGGCGGGGCUGAUGGUGCAGGAGAGGCGGAGCCAGAACCGCCUGAGCCUCAACAUCACCAACGGCCACGACGGCGUCCACGACGGCCAUCACGGCCAGGACAACGGCUUCGUCCGCGGCGCCCAGCUCAGGUUGAAGGAUCGCUGCGGCAGUCAGCCAGCGAGUCUCAAUCAAGUCCAGGAGAAGCGACGCCCCCUGAAGGCGCACCAAUCAGAAAGCUUCCUGCCUCUGGGAACCAAACAGCUGCCCCAGCAGUCCGUGGACCCGCUGCUCACCAGCCCCGGACCAAAGUCUCCGGUGUUUCGGACCGGCAGUGAGCCGGUCCUGAGCCCAUCAGCCCAGCGUAGAUCUGCAGAACCUUUAGCAGGUCAAGCGAUCCGYGGCUCCGACAGCCAGCUGUGCCCCAAGCCGCCUCCCAAACCGAGCAAAGUGCCCCUGACCCGGCUGCCCCUCAUGCCUCCCUCUGGGGAAAACCCGGCUUCCUCCAGGAGGAGUGGAGCUCCGCCGGUUCCUCCUGUGAAGCCCCAGAAGCUUCGACAUUUUCCUCUUGCGGAUUCCCGCGGUCCGUCCAGCUCCGUGGUUUCUCCUCCUGGAGUUGUCCAGUGUCCGGACUCGGAGCUGGCGUCAGGAAGGACGGAACGGCUGCAUCCGCGCCCAGCCGACCUCCGGUCCUGCCGCCCACCGGAACCGGACCGGGAUCGCCAGACGUCGCAGAACCCGCCCACGUCGUGUAGCUACGUGGAGCGGCUGAAAACCGGCGGCGAGGCGGCGGGCCAGAAAACGCUCGACAGAAGCUCCUACCACCACGCCAUCGCCGCCUUGGAAAGCACAAGCGAGGAAGAGGAGGAGGAGGAAGAAAAGGCGAGGUGCGGGUUUCUGCGGCCGGUUCUGGAGACGGAGUCGGCGUUCAGGCCGGCGGAGUUCGAGUCACGUCUGCUGCCGCCUGAAAACAAACCGCUGGAGAUGGCGGUGCUGAAGAGAGCGAAGGAGCUGCUGCUCAGCCACGACCACCAGAGCUUGUAAAAACCGUUGCUGCUGCUUCAGGUGGCGCGGAUCCUGGGCGUGACUCCUCAGGUCAAAGGUCGGAUGGGCGUUAGUUCGGGUCUGGAGCUGGUGACGCUGCCGCACGGCCGCCAGCUGAGGCUGGACCUGAUGGAACGGCACCACACCAUGGCGGUCGGCGUCGCCGUGGACAUUCUGGGAUGCACCGGCACCGUGGAGGAGCGGGCGUCCACCUUGAAUCGCAUCAUCCUGGUUGCCAUGGAGCUGAAGAACGCCGUCGGCGAUCUGUUCGCCUUCACGGCCCUCAUGAAGGCCCUGGACAUGCAGCAGAUCAGCCGCCUGGAGGAAACCUGGACGACUCUACGGAGGAACUACACGCAGAACGCCGUCAGCUACGAGAAAAUCCUCAAGCCUUUCUACAAGAGUCUGUAUGAAGGAGAAGCCUCCUCUCCUUCUGUGGUCUGCAUCCCCCUCCUCCUGCCUCUGCUCACCCUGAUGGAGCGACCGUCAACCACGCCCGAAGGGGUGGAGCUCUGGGAAACCAGCGACCAGGGAUGUGACAUCAUGCUGCGCCACCUGGAGGCGGCGCGCGACGUCGCAAACAACGCUCAGAGCUACACGUCCAACGCAGAGAAGAUCCUAGAAGGGUUUCAGUUCGACGAAGAUCUGCUGGAAGUUUUUAAAACGGACUUCCAGCUGCGGCUGCUUUGGGGGAGCCGCGGAGCAGCCGUCAACCAAUCAGAUCGCUACAACAAGUUCAACCUCAUCCUCACYGCGUUGUCAAGGAAACUGGAGCCUGUGACCAAAACACAGCUAAAGGACUAACUAGAGGACGGAGCAAAGCCUCAACCCACCGAGCCACAAGCAGCUCAAAACAAAAACGUUGGUCUGUGUUUCAUGUUUCUGUGUAAAGCGACUUCAGUGAUCAGGUCAGUUGUUAUUUAAUCCAGUAUUAAAUAUUUACCACAACGUCUUAGAGGAAAAACUGCAUUAAUACUAAAACUAAGAAGGUUUGUUGUAGAGCGACAGGUUAAAACAGAAACUGAUGGGAUCUAUAGAACAGAUCACAAAUGUAUGGAGGAGUGSUCCUGCCAAAAUUGGCAAUAAAUGUAGAAGUAGAUAAAUGGCUCAAUACAGUAAUUUUGCCAAAAGUUGCAUCCAAAAAAUAAAGUAUAAAAACUUUCCUGGCUUAUUUUAUUAUUGUGUGCUGUUAUUUUCAACAGUAUUAACUUUAUGACCAGUAGUUAUCAUUUUAAGUCUUAUUUGCAAUMUUAUUGUUUUAUUAGUUUCAUUUAUUUCAUUAUUUGUUCUUUCCUUAGAUAUUUUUUAAUUUACUGUCACUUU